UACCUCAAGGUGAGCCUUCUCUCAUUGAAUUUAUCAGAGAUUCAGUCAUAGGAGAUGGCGUUUUUUUUGAGGGGCCUUUUGGCCAACGUAGUAUGGUUUAUGCAGAUUAUGUGGCUUCAGGAAAAAGCUUGAGUUUCAUAGAAGAUUUUCUACGCGACAAUGUUUUACCUUUUUACGGUAACACGCAUACUACUACUUCAACUUCUGGUUAUCAGACAACCUUCUAUCGCAAAGAAGCAAGAGAAAUUAUACAACAAUGUGUUAAUGCCACAGAGCUAGAUUCUAUUAUAUUCAUAGGAAAUGGAGUGACUGCGGCUAUUAAUAAGCUUUGUCAUGGCUUAGAGCUGCACUCGUAUGCUUCUCAUCCAGCUGGCCUUCCUGUUGUUUUUAUUUCAAUAUUUGAACAUCAUUCCAAUCUUCUUCCUUGGAGGGAAAGUGGGGCAGAAAUAAUUACGAUACCAGAAGAUGAAAAUGGAGAAUUUGACUUACCUCUUUUCAAGCAACUUUUGCGUAAGUAUUCCUCCAGGUCUCUUUUAAUUGGCAGUUUUGCCGUUUCUUCUAACGUUACUGGUGCACUUCUUCCUGUGGAUGAAAUUUCGGAGUUAAUGCAUCUCCAUAACGGAUUUGUCUUUUGGGAUUACGCAACAGCUGCUCCUCAUAUAAAAAUCGACAUGAAUCCUAUUGACCGGUUGAAGCAGAAGGACGCUAUUUUUGUAUCCCCUCAUAAAUUUAUUGGCGGCCCACAGACUCCGGGAUUACUCAUAGCGAAGAAGUCCCUUUUUCGGAACAAAAAGCCCUCGCAAGCGGGAGGCGGAACUGUUUUUUUUGUUUCUUCUAAAGCGCACCAAUAUUUAAGGGACAUUGAGCACCGCGAAGAGGCCGGAACGCCCGCUAUAAUUGAGUCUAUUCGCGCUGGUCUGGUAUUCCAGCUCCAAAGAGCGGUGGGGCACGACACUAUUAGACAACUCGAGUUCACGUUCCGCCAGAAAGCCUUGAGUGUUUGGAGCAGAAAUCCGAACAUCAUUUUACUGGGAAAUCCGAGGCUUGAGUGCUUGCCGGUUUUUUCGCUGCUGGUGAAGCACUGCGGCCUGUUUCUGCACUUCAACUUUGUCUGUUCUCUGCUGAACGACUUGUUUGGAAUUCAGUGUCGAGGCGGCUGCGUUUGUUCAAACCCUUUUGUUCAGGCGGCGCUAGGAGUGAGUGACCAACUGUCUCGUCAGUACAAAGAGGCCAUGAAAGAGGAUGAAAGGAUCGACAGACACCACCUUCGCCGCGACUUCGAGGGUUGUGGCAGGGAAGUGCUCCGCCCCGGCAUAGUUCGUUUGAGUUUUACCUACUUUAUGAGCGAAAGCAUGGUCGACUACAUCAUCAGCGCUGUAGACAUUGUCGCCUCGCACGGAUGGCGUCUUCUCUCGCAUUACCUUUACGAUCCCAACACUGCGGAAUGGAAGCACCACAAGCACACUCACACUAUUGCCAAGCAUCGCCUGUGGCUGGGAAAUAUAUCAUACGUGAACGGAAAACUGAGCUCUUCUUCGGCACCCACUAAAGGCGACACGAGGUAUUCGCAACUGCUGAAAGAAGGCCUGCACAUACUUCUCGAUUCUCCCUUUUACAAGAACUGCAUCGACGCGCGAAACCUUUUAGGCCCUGAUAUGAAGUUGCGUUGGUUCUGCAACCCUGACGAAGGAAGAGAAACUAUUCCAGGCACGUCGCCCUUUUCUCCGAAAACUUACUGCCAUCUCCCUGCAGUACCAAAGCACUUCCGCCUUGACCCUCCAACGCCACCCCCCAUGAGCGCACAGCCUUCGUUGGUUUGUCGCCCAUCUAAUCCUCCUCGGUUUGGGACCAUCCGCUGGAUCAAACCGCCGAAGAAACUUCAAAAGUUGGUGUACAAAGCUAUCAAGAAGUUUGAGAUGAUUCGCGACGGCGACAGAGGUCCUCUUCCCCGAGGGUUCUUUGCGCUGCUUCCUCACAGUUUGGCAGUCCUUGCAUGCAUUUCGGGCGGGAAGGACUCCCUUUCGAUGCUGCAUCUGCUCAAGAACUAUCAGGACUGGAUAAGCCACAGAGGCAUCCGCUUCGAGUUGGCAGCCGCCACAGUUGACCCCGGGACGGACUCGUACAACCCGAAACCGCUGAUCGAGUACACGCGCGCACUCCAGCUUCCUUACUUUUAUAUUUCUCAGGAAAUCAUCAAGCACGCACUAUCCAUCCCCGACUUGGCCUCCAUCUGCAGUUUCUGUGCAAGGAUGAAGCGUGGCAUAAUAUACACGUGCGCCCGCAGAGAAGGGUACAAUGUAGUUGCUUUUGGGCAGCACCUCGACGAUUGUGCAGAAAGCUUGUUGAUGUCACUCUUCCACAACGGUUUACUGCGAACCAUGAAGGCUAAUUAUGUUGUUGCAGAAGGUGAUUUGAGGAUGAUCAGACCGCUAGUUUAUUGCCGAGAGAAGAAUCUGCGGGAGUUCGCUGAGACUUCCCAUCUUCCGGUCAUCCACGAAAACUGUCCCGCUUGCUUCGAGGCUCCCACAGAAAGACAACGCGUAAAACAGCUUCUGGCAGCGCAGGAGCUUCUGUUUCCGGGAGUUUACCACUCGAUAGGGCAGUUGGCCAAGAAAAUAAAGCAAAGUCCUUGAAAGAAAGUUGUAAAAGGCGUGAAGAACGAAAUAAUAGCGCUUUAGGUGAUUCUAGUAAUAAUAUUUUGAUUAAAAAUUUUAA